AUGAAGUGCGACGCGAUUAUUUCGCCCGCCUCUAUACACACCACUCGAUAUGCUCCCUACAACACAUCUUUAGCUUCUUCCGCCUCAAGCUCCCUCUCCUCUGUUUGGUCCGACACCACCUCUCAGACCUCCGACGAUACCUCUAUUUCCACCCUCUCUUGCGACUCCGAUUCUUGCGAUUCUUAUUUUUCGAGAAAGGCUGCUAUCGUUGAGAGCGCUGUCAACUUUCGAUGCCGCGCUCAAAAGACACAGACGGACACGCUCCCUACCGAGCUGCGCCAAAAUCCUCGAAGAACAUCUGGUGCACGCGCUGCAUGCCCUCCUGCUCUGGUCCGACAGUCUGAGCGAAAAGUCAACUUUGUCGAUAGCCUCGUCGAUUCGUCGACACAGAUUGUUGAAGCCAUUUGGCCUCUGUCAUCUGUCGCCUGUCGAAAUGUGUCCUCAGACAACCCCGUCCUGCCAUUGCGCAACUUCAUCCAGGAAACCUUGCGCCGCUCGCGGACAAGCUACUCGACUCUCCAGGUUGCUCUGUAUUACUUGAUUCUCAUCAAGCCUCAUGUGCCCAAACACAAUUUCACAAUGGAACAGCCCGUGGACCGACAUGCUGACCGCGCACUUCAGUGCGGCCGUCGCAUGUUUCUGGCUGCUCUGAUCCUUGCCUCCAAGUAUCUUCAGGACAGAAAUUAUUCUGCGCGCGCCUGGAGCAAGAUCUCGGGACUCAGAACUGAAGAGAUUAACCAGAACGAAAUUGCUUUCCUGCUUGCCGUCAACUGGAAGAUGCACAUUGCCGAUGAGGUCUUCCAGCGAUGGACCGAUAUCGUUCUCAAGUACACACCACCGCCGUCUGGUCCCUCCUCCCCUGGGGGAGUUGCUCAGACUGUAUCUCAACAGGUCUUGGACUGGAAACGCAUUAUUUUGGGCCUCAACCCUGAGUUGACCAACCUCGCAACCUUAAUUCCUGCUGCUCCCGUCAUGCCUCGGUCAAGUGACCUCUGCGCAUUAUCGCCUCGCAGCAUUCUCAACCUUCCCCAAGAAGCCCAGCCUACAACUGGUUACGAGUCGGCUGAGGCCACCCCUACUCCUAAGUCGUACAACACUCCCAUGGUUAUGGAGCCUGUGCAUAUAGGAUAUACUUCUGGCCGUUUGGCUCCUGCUUUGGGAAAGCUGCCAACUCCCCGACUUACUCCUCAGAGCACUGGACUCUGCACUCCUGCCGCGAGUGCCGCCUCCCACAUGCUCAGCAAGAGUUCUAUGGGUCUGGCCAUGGCUCAGGCCAGCAACACGGCAACUGCCCAGUAUCUCGAUCGUCUUCCUUCGUCCAUGACCUCGUCACCACAGAACUACUGCCCUGUUCGCCGAUCUUCUCUUGCCAACUCAGUGUCCACUGCCUCCUCACCCGAAUCAAUGAUAUCGGAUACCUCGCGCUCCUCGCGCUCAUCCUCCAUUUCUUCGACUUCAACGCUUGCUAGCGCGACCCUUGGCCCUUCCAGGCUGGGUGUUCCGUCGCGAUUCCGAGCGCAGAAGCUUUGCAAUGAGAGACUGAGCCAGAAGCCGACCGUCUCUUCGGUUCCCGAGAAUUAUGAUGUGCACUGCUACACUUCGUCCCCUGAAGCUUGCGCCGGCCCGGCUGGCAAGCUUGGCGAUCUGUCGUUGGAUACUCCGUUGGCGAGAAGACAGCAGGAGCUUGAUGACAUGGCUCGUGAUUCUGACGCCGCCCGCGCUCUGCAGGAACUUCAGAAUUACCGUGCUACGGCCCCUAGAAGUGGCACAAAGCGAAGUCGAACUGCUUCUAUGGACAACUGCCUCCAGGAGAACGUUCGCGAGAUGCUUGGUGGUCGCUACUCUACUCAGCGACCUGCCUGGCCUGAUACGUUGGUUCGGACUCGGGGCAUUACUUCCGAGUCGAACCUCCAGGUCCCCGUCCGACCCAGCCUGCCCGGCACUGGCAAACGCGUUUGCUGUUCUGCUGAGGCAGCACAGGGCUACGAAUUCUCGUCUGUCCAUCCUGCACUUGGUAUCAGGGGACCUGGUAUGUGGGAGGGUAUCUUGAACUAA